CCGACGUCGCCUUCGCGCAGCUUAGCUCUCCUUCCCGCAGCUUCAGCCUAUAGACAUGGCACUUCGCUCCGAUAGAUUUGUAACAUGGGUAAAGGCGCCAUAUAUAAGGCAUGGUGGAGCUUUAGCUGUAGAAACUACCGCAGUAGUACGAGCGUAGCUGCGCCAGUAGGGAGAUGUUGUGGAGACGACGGCGGGGUGCUUGGAAGCAUCCGUCGCCGCGUUGGGCUAAAUACCGCGUCUCGGUCGAGACGUAUUCCGAGCUGCUACGGCGCAUUGGUGACGAUCGCGACAAGCCCUUCAAAGGCUGGUUUAACGACAAGGCUCGCUACGAUUACAGCAGCGCCAACAAGGAGCUCAUUCUUCGCAUGGCCGCUACACCUCUCCAUAACUGCUUAUACGCCUUUAUUGUGAAGCGGACCGAUGAUAAGCUAGCUAAGCUGAGGGCUCAACAUCUUAUAGAGCUAGGCUCCGCUCUCAAAGGCGUGCGUCCUUGCAGCAUCCGUUUCGAUGCCUCCGACACCGACACCGACGAGCUAAACCUCGACGCCGACCCGUUCACGUCACCCUCCAUCAUGCCGCCCUUUCGUCCAGACUAAAAGGCACCAGAUAACCAAUUCCAGCACCGCAAGGCACGCUGGCCUUCCAUCGUCUUCGAGGUCGCGUAUAGCUAGAAGGCUAAGGACCUACCCCUUAUCGCCGACGACUAUAUACACGAAUCGCGUGGUAACAUCAGCGCAGUCAUCUGCUUGAAACUCGAGUACACGCCUCCUACCAGGCUACAAGCAAUACCACGCGCCAUAAAGGCGCCAACGCCUCCGCCUCCGCUAUCAAAGCAAGCGCGAGUCACUGUCUGGCACCUUCAGAAAUUCAUUGAGCUUUUCCAAGGCAAGCAGGUGACCUACAAGGAAGUCACUACAGUAACGGACCAAGUUUUCCGCGGCGUCACCUGCCAGUAUAUACAACACACACGAACCAUCAGAAGGGAACGUAGCAACUAGCGCUCC